UCUGGUGAAUUUCACGAAUGCAAGGUGCAAGAAAUUGAAGGAAAACGAGACGUCUACAAGAAACGCUUGUUCUUUCUUUCCUUCCACGAGUUCCCGCGAAAUCUCUCGGAAGUGUGUCGGGAUAUUCGAGCGCCUCGUUCAGUCUCGUUGCAAAUUAUUGACUCGGGGCUAUCUGGGAAUCUCUCAAAAGCUUAUUCCCAACCCUAUAAACGCUACACGGUGUGCAUCGUCAAUGGUCGCGACGCCUGUCAAUCGGUCGAUCUUACCGUAACUUUAAUCGCGAGUAUCGCCUCUAAACGUUUCCGAGAGCGACGAGUGCUACUCACGCAGCAUCAACGUCAGGAAUAUUUCACAAAGUUCUUUGCUUUGUUUCCCUGGUAAAGGCUUUUCACUGUUCAAGUGUCGUAAUACAAAAUGGCACUGCCAGCGAAUUACAAGCAAGUCGCGAUGGCUACCUCGAACAUCGUAGCCUCCAAUCAACGUAUGAGAGCAUCUGGAGGAAGUUCGAGCAGUUCGACAAAUAGUAAAGAUGCGCAGAGUCCAUUUAUACAAACUCCCCAUAGUCAUCCAGGAUUUACACCCCAGAAAGUUGGAAAGAACACUAAUGCUGACUCCCGUAUGCCAAAACCACCCAAGCCACCAGAGAAACCUCUUAUGCCAUAUAUGAGGUACAGCAGAAAGGUAUGGGAUCAGGUUAAAGCUCAGAAUCCUGAAUUAAAGCUAUGGGAGAUUGGUAAGAUUAUUGGGCAAAUGUGGAGAGAUUUGCCAGAGGAGGAUAAGACAGAGUUCAUUGAGGAAUAUGAAACUGAGAAGGUGGAAUAUGAAAAAAGUUUGAAAACUUACCACAACUCACCUGCAUAUCUAGCUUAUAUUGCAGCGAAAAAUCGUGGCAAGUCUGCGUUGUGUGCUGCACAACAAAAUAAUGAUGAUCGAGAGAGUCACGAACGUUCAUCAGGCAGUAGCAAAAGUCAAGCGGCUCAAGAUAGAAGGAUUGAUAUUUUACCAGCUGAAGAUGAUGAUGAUCAAGAUGAUGGAUAUUCUGUGAAACAUGUGGCUUAUUCACGUUAUACAAGAAAUCAUCGACUCAUUAAUGAGAUUUUUAGCGACACAGUUGUCCCCGAUGUUCGUUCUGUAGUCACCACUCAAAGAAUGCAAGUUUUACGUCGCCAAGUACAAUCCUUGACCAUGCAUCAGAAAAAACUUGAAGCCGAACUGCAACAAAUUGAAGAGAAAUUUGAAGCAAAGAAACGUAAAUUCAUAGAAACUAGUGAAAUAUUUCAAGAAGAAUUGAAAAAGCAUUGCAAACCAGCGGUAGAUGAAGAAACUUUUAACAAAAUGGUAGAACGGCAGUAUGAUGCUCUAAGACGAGAAAGAUUAAAGGGGACAGAAGAGAAUCGUUCGGAUGGGCCAGCGUCUAGCGACUCUACUCCAAAUUCCACUCCGACUCCAACUCCCGCAUCACUUAAUGACGAAAGCCAGCCUGAUAUCUCUGACAAUGAUUCGAUCGAGAAGAAAUGUGGCAACGCUGAAAAAUCUAAUGUUGAAAUGAAUAAGAAAAUGUCACCUCCAUAUACCGAGACUAAGAUCGAAGCACCAUCAGCAGUGCAACAAAAUCUUAAUCAACAACACCCUACUAACUCUGGGAUGUAUUGCAAUAACAUAGUUAAUCCGAUUCAGCAACAUCCGCAUCAGCAACAAACGCAAACGCCGCAACAUCAACCUCCUCAGCAACAUCAACCUCCUCAGCAACAUCAACCUCCUCAGCAACAUCAACCUCCUCAGCAACAUCAACCUCCUCAGCAACAUCAACCUCCUCAGCAACAUCAACCUCCUCAGCAACAUCAACCUCCUCAGCAACAUCAACCUCCUCAGCAACAUCAACCUCCUCAGCAACAUCAACCUCCUCAGCAACAUCAAUCUCCUCAGCAACAUCAACCUCCUCAGCAACAUCAACCUCCUCAGCAACAUCAACCUCUCCCACCAAUACAGCAGCAUCAACCACCACCUCAGCAGCAUCAGCCGCCGCCACCACCUCAGCAGCAUCAAGUACUUCCACAGCCACCUCCACAGCCAUCGCAAUCUCAACAACAACAACAGCAACCGCAACAACAGCAACAACAACCACAACCCCAACAGCAGCCACAACAGCCACAGAUUACGACGGUAAUGCCGCCCCAACAACCGACUACAACAGCCGCGGCAGCAGCUGCAGUCGCGGCAGUAGUUGCGAGUGCAAAUGCAACUGCAAAUUCGACUCCGCCAAACAUGCCACCGGUGUCCACGCCCACUGUACCCAUUCAACAUAAUCCCCAUCAACAAGGGAUGUUGCCAAAUCAUUCGAUGCCGCCACAUCAGAGUGCGCAAGGAACUCAGAGCACGCAGAUUUUGCCACCGCAGGGACCACAUGCUCCGCAGAUGAUGGCACCUAAUCAGGCUUACGGUCAGCAGUAUCAGUCCGGACCAGGCCCGCAACAACCGCAGAACGUUCCUUUAGCUCCAAGACCACCGCAUCCCACUUAUAGCUAUUCUCAGCAGCAACCGUAUCAUCAACCUUAUCCACAAUAUACUCAUCCGUAUUAUCAUCAGCCGUACUCGCAGUAUCCCCAUCCGAUAAGUCGGCCACAUGGCCACGGUCCACAUAGUCCACACAGUCCGCAUUAUCAUCCGCAAUCACCUCAUACAGUCGCUUCUGAAAGUAAUAAUGUUGGUGCCAACGUCGCAGGUGGCACAACAGCCACCGUAGCUCCCGCACCUGGGCCCGAUACCAACAAUCCUCCGUAUUCUGCGCCUGCAGGACACUGUGAGAACGAACGUUCCGGCCCGCCGGAGAAUCAAGAGGGCCAGGUAGAUGCUAAAUCGGGAUCUGCUUAAAUAUUUUUUAUUUUACAAACGCUAUUC